GUUGAUCAUGAAGACUGUGAAAGGCUUCUGCAUCCUUUUCAUGCUGCAUCUAUGCUUCUUUGACUCUGCAAGAACUGGGAAAAUACUUGUAUGGCCUGUGGAUUUUAGUCACUGGAUUAAUUUAAAAGUUAUUCUGGAAGAACUCCAUCUUCGUGGGCAUGAAAUAACCAUCCUAGUACCUUUACCAAAUCUUCUCCUUGAUCAUACUAAGAUUCCUUUUAACGUGGAGAUCCUCCAACUUCCAAUAACGAAAGAAACUCUUAUAGAGGAGCUCAAUAUCAUUCUCUAUACAGCUUCUUUUGAACUGCAGAAUCUCUCAUGGUGGAACAUGCAAGUAGAACUGACAAAAAUAGUAAAGAGCUUUUCAUUAAUAGGCAAAAGGGUAUGUGACAGUGCUGUCACAAACAAGGAGUUACUCAACAGGCUGCAGGCAGCAAAGUUUGAUGUCUGUAUUGCAGACCCGUUAAGCUUUUGUGGGGAGCUGGUGGCUGAGCUCCUCAGUAUUCCAUUUGUAUACACGUUUCGGUUUUCCUAUGGUUAUGUCUUGGAGAGAUUGUGUGCUGGACUUCCUAUGCCUUCUUCUUAUGUUCCUGGCAGCAUGUCAAGACUGACAGACAAGAUGACUUUUAUGCAGAGGCUGAAGAAUUGGUUAUUGUAUACAAUAAGUGAUGUGCUGUAUUCAUACUAUGUAUUUCCAGAGUGGGAUGAGUAUUACAGCCAAGUUUUAGGAAAACCUACCACAUUAUGUGAGACUAUGGGAAAAGCUGAAAUGUGGUUGAUUCGAACCUCCUGGGAUUUUGAAUUUCCUUACCCUUCCUUGCCUAAUUUGGAAUUUGUUGGAGGACUGCACUGCAAGCCCGCGAAGCCCUUACCUAAGGAGUUAGAAGAGUUUGUUCAAAGCUCUGGAAAAGAUGGAGUCAUUGUGUUUACUUUGGGGUCAAUGAUCAAGAACCUCACAGAAGAAAGGUCUAAUAUGAUUGCAUCAGCCCUUGCCCAGAUUCCACAGAAGGUUCUGUGGAGGUACACAGGGAAGAAACCAGAAACAUUAGGAGCCAAUACUCGGCUAUAUGAAUGGAUUCCACAGAAUGAUCUUCUUGGUCAUCCCCAAACCAGAGCUUUUAUUACUCACUGUGGAACCAAUGGGAUCUAUGAAGCUGUUUACCAUGGGAUCCCUAUGGUGGGAAUUCCCAUGUUUGGUGAUCAGCAUGAUAAUAUUGCUCGUCUACAAGCUAAAGGGGCAGCUGUUGAAUUAAACUUGCACACAAUGACGAGUUCUGAUCUGCUUAAUGCUUUGGAGGCAGUUAUUAACAACCCUUCCUAUAAAGAAAAUGCUAUGAAGUUAUCAAGAAUUCACCAUGAUCAACCUAUAAAGCCCCUGGACCGAGCAGUCUUCUGGAUUGAGUUUGUCAUGCGCCACAAAGGAGCCAAGCACCUGCGGCCAGCUUCCCACGACCUCACCUGGUACCAGUACCACUCUCUGGAUGUGAUUGGGUUCCUGCUGGCUUGUGUGGCAACUAUUAUAUUUCUGGUCAUUAAAUGUUUCCUGUUUUGUUGCUCAAAGUUUGGUAAAACUGCAAAGAAGAAAAAGAGAGAGUAGUGGUUAUUGUUGUCAUUGUCGUUUUAACAAUUGAGCUGGAAGAAUGUAGGAUCCUUCUGAAUUAAUCCGGCCACUGAUUUGAACAGAUUCCUCUUCCAGGUUCUUUUCCCCUUUUCAGCUUGUCAGGUGAAGAUCAAAGGCUCACCCAAAAAGAGGCUACAUAAUUUAGAAUUGAGAUUUAAAAUAAUCUGUUCUUAUGAUAAAUAAAUACAUGGAAUUUUCUACCA